AUCCGGGUCAGCUGUGUCUUCAAAUGAAAACUCCAUCGUGGAGGGCCGCUGGCUGGCUGGCUGGUUAAAGUCAUGCGUUCCAACGCGGAGAUUUUGGUACUAAGAAUCCCUAUGGAACCUUCGUGGUGAUGUUCCAUUUUCUUCGUUAUGUCAUGCAGCCAGCUUUACAUUCUUGUACCAGGUGAGAACUCUUGCGAUGGUUCUUAACCAAGUUUGCGCUUGGGCAGGGACAUUGUCGUGAUCAUUUGCAGCGGCAGCUUGAUUCCUCCCUCCCAUACAUGAAAAGCUCGCGGUUGCCGUAGAACAGAGACUCCCGGAAAAGAGCCUACAAAAUGUAGUUCCAGUGCCGCAAACAGACCGAAGUAUGUUUGCAACACUCCGUGUGGCAUGGACAUCACGCUCGGAAGUCGGAGAAUCCAGCUCCAGCAGUGCCGCAUUGAUGAAGUUACAGCGGGAGAACGGUAUCGAGCUGAGUAGCAACGCCGCCAUGAAUCCACAGGUCGAUGAUGAUCGUCGUCAGUGGUGGAACCAUCUCCGUUUCGGCGAGAAGAGCGCUCGCCGAGAAAGAUAGCAUGGCUUAUAGAACUUUUAAAUCGGAUAGCGCGGGAAGAGGAGGGGCUAAACCCUAUUCGAGAAUAUGCUCGUAGUGUGUGGCUUUUUCUAGGUCACCCAUGGAGGAGGCUGACUACGAUGUGGAGAUCGAGAAUGGCGCGGGCGUGGAGAUGGCGGUGGACGAGGAUUUCGAGGAUCUCUACGACGACGUGAAUGUAGGGUUUUUCCCGGCGCCCGAGGAGCAGCAGCCUCCGCCCAAAGGUGAGCCCCAGCAGGAGGAUCAUCCGCCCCAGCAGCAGCCACAGCCGGGCGCCCAGCCGCAAGGAGGGUAUGAUUUCUACGACGACGAUCCGAUCAAGCAGCCGGAGCCCCAGAAUGCGGUGGCGGCUCCAGCGCAGAUCAAGCAGCCGCCGCCGCAAGAAGCGAGGAUACCUUCGCCAUCGCCAGUGAGUUUCAAGGCGGCGGCGGCGGCGGCGCCACAGCAAGAGCAGCAGCUGGACGAGCCCGCCGCGAGGCCGAAUUUUGUCGCGCAAGCAUCGGCAGCGCCAGUGCCGCCCCCUCGAUCAUCGUCGGCCGCGUCUCAGGAUGGGGGGAGGACUUCCAUCGUCAUAUCCGAGCUCCAGUGGUGGACCACCGACGCGGAGCUGGAGGGCGCGCUCGCGGAGUUUGGCAAGAUCAAAGGGAUCAAGUUCUUCGAGGAGAGGGCCAGCGGCAAAUCCAAGGGGCUCUGCCAGGUGGAUUUCUUCGAGCCUCUCCCGGCGCAGCUGUGCAAGGAGAACUUGCAUGGCCGCGUUUUCAAUGGGCGACCUUGCGUCGUCGCCUACGCUACUCCCCAGAUGCUCAAGCAAAUGAAUAUGAAGAUGGGGCAAGGUGGUGGCGGCGCUGGUGGUGGUGGUGGUGGCGGCGGUGGCGGAGGCCCGCUCUCUAAUCCUUCGCAGCCUGGUGGUGGUGGUGGCUACAACGCUCCCAGCCAGCCGAAUCAAAUGGGAAAGAAGUCCUCAUCGGGCCGUGGGAGAGGACGAGGACGAGGAGGGGGAGGGGGUGACCAGUUCGGCCGAGGCGGAGGCAGCGACCAGUUCGGACAACUCCCCAUGAUGGGAGGCCCGUAUGAUCCCUCCUUCGGGCCCCCGAUGCGGCCGGGCAUGUACGGCAUGGGUGGCUUCAUGCGUGGGGGCUAUCCAAUGCCAUUUCCUGGCGUUCCUCCUCACGUUAAUCCAGCGUUUUUUGGCCGGGGGAUGGGGAGUAGCGGGGGUGGCGACCACUCUCGAGGCUGGGGCGUUGGAAUGCAGGGGUCCGGUUGGAACGGUGGCGAAGAAGGCGGCGAGAGGUUUGAGGAGGAGACAGGGGACGACGACGGUGGUGGUGGCGGUGGCGGCGGAGAAAGUGGCAAGCCGAGCUCGAGAGAUCAAGAUAGCCGGCGGCGGAAGGAGGACGAUUCCAGGGACAGGAGCAGCAGGGACUCGAAAGAUCGCGAUUACAGGGACAGGGACAGGGACAGGGAGAGGGAAAGAGAGAGAGAGCGGGGGUGGGACGAGGAGUCUUACAGCAACAAGAGGCGGCAUUCAAGCAGGAGCGAGCACUGAGAAGCGGAGGAGUGACUCAUUCUCAACUGCGUUUUUGGCAAGCGCGGUGAGUGAAGCUAUUCAAGUUCAUGUAUUAUUGUGAAGCUUUUUGACGUUGAUCAUUGAGUUUUCUCACUUGUCUUUCAAGAUCACCGCACUAGAGCCAACAUGAUGGAAAAACAGAGGAUAAAUCAAAGCUUUGCAUGCAAAACAGUCA